ACUAUAAAUUGCUGUCAAUUUCCUUACUUCGAAGUUCUUCCUUGUCUCCCUUGUUUCCAUAUAUCAACCAUAUAAUAUAAUAUACUCACAACUUACAACUUAUAAUCAUGUCAAUGUUUAGAACUUUGCAGAAUUCUCCUGCUACUAUUACUUUAUUUCAUAAUACUAAAAUCCCACUUUCAACUGCAUUAUAUCAAAUCUUAGAUAAAGCAUAUAUUAAAUUACCAUCUAAAUCUCCUAAUCAAUUUAUAAUUGAUUUAGCUAAAGAUAGAAUACCAACUUAUGAUCAAUAUAAACAUAUUGUAUCUAAUUGUUUAGUUGAUUCUAAAAGUAAAAAAUUCAUUACCAAUUGUUAUCCAUUUUUAAAUGAUAGAACAACUACUGGAGUAUCAGCUUCAGAAAUAGUUACAUUUAAAGGAGUGGCAGCUAAGAAUAGUGUUAGUCAUAAACUUUUCAAUGAAGGUGAAUAUGCUUUGAUUGAAGAAACUUUCAAUAAAUUACAUGAAAUUAAAGAAGAUGAUUUAGCAGCUGUUCAACCUGCUGAUAUUUUUAAAGCUCCUUUAAUAAUUGAUUGGGAUCAAAAUUUAAUAGCUGCUGAUGAAGAAAGUUUACAAAAAAUACUAAGCAAGUAUACUUAGUACCGGCUAUCUAACUAACUGGCUAUUUAUUUAUUUAAUCUAAUCUAAUCUAAUGAACUUACGAUCUUUCUUAUAUAUAUAAUCCUGUUUAAAAUACAAUCUGUCUUUUCGUCAU